AUGCAGCGCCUGUGUGUGUAUGGGCUGCUCCUGGCUCUGGCUCUGGCCGCCUUCUCCGAAGCCUCCUGGAAGCCCCGCUCCCAGCUGCAGGACGCACCCUCGGGCCCAGGUGCCAGGGGGGCCCUGGAGGCACGUUGGCUGGACCAGCUGGGCUCAGCCCCUCGCCACCAAAGGCAGCUGAAAUUCCCGGGUCCCCCACACCCUGUGGCAGACCUGUCCAAGAAGCAGGGGCCGUGGCUGGAGGAGGAAGAGGAAGCGUAUGGAUGGAUGGACUUCGGCCGCCGCAGUGCUGAGGAUGGAGACCAACAGCCCUAG